UUGAGAGCCGCAGCACUUUGUGACCUACAAUGUGUUCUGAUAUUCUCUCAUACACAGUUUAUGAGACGCACUCUUGCUUUUAUUUGAUGAUCUUUUGCUCUCACUAUUAGUUUGGUUUUUCCCACUGUGAAAAGGAUUUUUUUUUUUAUAUUAUUGAAAAGUCCGUACCAUAUUUGAAAUCAUUUCAUUCUUAAGUUCGACUUUAAAUGGUGGAGGGUAUGAUGUUGCCACUGACACCUUUUGGAUCCAGAGACAAUGCUAGGAUUAAAGUACUACUUUGGACUCAGCUCAUCAUUGUUGUCAGCACUGAUCAACAGGCAGCUUUAACCAAAAAGGUCCCCACCGAUCUUAUGUGCUAUCAGAAUUAUACUCUAAAAAAUAAUUUCUGCUAUUGUAGCUGGAAAGCUGGGGAAGAGUCACAAAACGCUACUUUCACUCUCAAUUACAGCACUAUAGAAGAUGAUGCAGGUGACAGUUUUGAAGCAGGACACCAAACAUAUUAUAUUACUGAUAGCAGUGAAAUGCAUUUCAAGAAACUGAUUUAUGUCUGGGUGGAGGCAAAUGAAGAAGAUAAAAUCUACCGCUCUGCAAAUAUUACUAUACUUUUGAACAAAGCAGUAAAGCUGGACCCACCAGACUUGAAAAAUGUAUCAAUGAAAAAACAUGGCAAAUCUGUGACUGUUCACUGGACAAGAACUGAUCGGUUUUCAGAUUCUAUGGAAACAAUAAGAGAAAUACAGUACAAACAUUCAUUUGCUACGGUUCAGUGUAAUACACCUGAAACCAGCAAUACGUCCAACUGUUUCCUAAUUGAAAAUGAUCACACCAAGUUGCCCAUUUGCAAAGAAAGUUGCACAAUUGAUCGUGAUGGUGAAAAAGAGCACUACAUUCAAAUCCGCCAGAAGUAUAAAGAAAGUGUUUGGAGUGAAUGGAGUCACUCAGUAUUUAUCCCUGCAGAUAUUGAUUACAAUCCACAUGCAAGUUACAAAGCAGGGAAAUUAAAAAAUAAUGGAACUCGAACCCUGACAUUGGAUUGGAAGCUUGGCAGAGAAAACCAAAGAGAUAUAAAUUAUGAUAUUACCCUCACCUUACUUCCAUGCCCAGAUGCCAAAUUACAUACCCGUACAAAAGAUAAUUGGUUUAAUGCAACCAUAUCAGGUGCAUCAUACAAUGCAACUAUUGUAGCCUUUAAUCAAGCUGAAAAUACACCUCCAUGGUCUUUAUUGAUUGAUGAAGAUGAAAGAUCCGAUUUUGAAAAUGUCACACUAUCAGAAAGACAACUGAUUCUCAGUUGGGAAAAGAAAAGAAAAAAGUCUGCACACUAUUGCACUGAGUGGCAGACUUCUGCAGGGAAAGAAAUCUUCAGCAAUAUUACAAGAAAUUAUAAGAGUAAUCAUAUAAACAUAUCAACAGAUAAUUUUGAGAUUAUGCAGUGUUACAGAAUUCGCAUACAUACAUUUAACAACAGCCAACACAGAACUGUGAAAACCGCAUACUACUAUCGACCUUCAAUGUCCAUAGGACCAGGAAAUCUCACAGUUGUAAACAUCACUUCCAAGUCUGUCCUCUUGCAGUGGAAUAGUUUCGAUCUUCAAAAGUGCCAUGGUCUUCUGAAAAACUGGGAAAUUACCAUUAUAGAACAUAACACGAGCAUCUCAAGGAGAGAAAAUUCCUCUGUGACUCAACACCUUGUAGAGAACCUGUCUUUGGGAUUUCACUGCACCUUUGAGAUUAGAGGGGUCACUACCUAUGGAGAAUACACAGGAACAAGUGUAAAAUUUGUUUCCAACUCACAGACGGGAUUGGAAGCUACAGGCACCAAUAACAAAUGGAUUGUAUAUGUGGUGAUCGCUAUUUGUUUGCUUUUGGGAAUUGUCAUAUAUGUGGCUGGAACAAGACUCCGAGUGUAUUUAUUUCCUGCUCUGCCUGAUCCUUCAAAGAGCAAUGUAUUAACACUUGUGCCAAACAAUAGCAACUAUAUUUUAUGCCCAAAAUAUCUAAUUGACGCAAGCUCUGAAAACCAACAAACCGACUUCUUAAAGAUAGAAACCAAUGUGGCUAUAAAGGACACCAAGAUGAUUUUCAAAGACCCUGAGAUCAAGCAAGUGGUUGUGACCAGUGAAAUAUUUGACAAUGAGGUCUUUUUAGUUGCUGAAGCUGAGACAGAUCUCCAAUUUGCAUACAAGAAGCAAGCGGUUGCUAUGACACCAGGUACUGGAAAAGAAGCACUGAUUCAGGAGAUCAGAAAACUGGAAGAUGAUGACUUGACAACAGAAGCUGAUUUAAAAGAAAAUGUUGCUUUUUUAAGUGUUUACAAAGAUUCAAUAUCUGUAUAAAUUAAUGAUGGAUAUUCUAUAUAU